AUGGUUGACGUAGUGUCAACGGAUCUUGAACAAGCUGCUGUCGAACUAGCUCGCAAGAGCAAACUGUUAUGGUUCUUGCUUCUAGGAUUUAUUUGUGAGUUUUGGCGAGAUUCAGUUGCUUCAUUUGAUUCUGCAACUAUUCCUAAGUUUGUUACCCAUUCUCUAAAUCAUUCUGAUUGGAAAUUAGCUAUGCAAGAAGAGAUGCUUGCUUUGGAGAAGAAUGGUACUUGGGAUCUUGUCCCUCUUCCUUCUGGUGAUGAUAUCGUGGGAAUCCAAGAGCUUAAGUCCAAUCUCCAAGCAAACUUUCAAGCAACAGAUUUGGGUCACUUGCAGUAUUCUUUGGGUCACCUACCUGUGGAUACUGCUAUGGAUUCUAAUGUAAAAUUAAUGGAAGACCAAGGUGCAUUACUAGAUGAUUCUGGACAAUAUCGAAGACUUGUGGGCAAGCUAAAUUAUCUCACUAUGACGAGGCCUGAUAUUUCGUUUGUAAUGAGUGUCAGGCAAAAGGCGGCGGUGAAGUGGCUCCGCGAGGGCGACGCUAACACUUCUUAUUUUCACUCCAUAGUUCGUCAGCGAAGGAGUUCUAAUUUUAUUGCUAGAAUUAAGGACGAGGGGGGCCGAUGGUGUGACUCUGAGCAACUCAUUACGGCCUCUGCAAUAGAUUUCUAUGCCAAAUUGUUUACAUCAGAGGCAGCAUGUAGAGGAGGCUUCCCCGAACCUCCUUUUGCGGUACCAGCAGUGGACAUGGAGUGUAAUGGCAGCCUGAUGGCGGUGCCGACAGCAGAGGAGAUCCGAGAGGUUGUUUUUGCGAUGGAGGUCAAUAGUGCUCCGGGACCCGAUGGCUUUGGAGUGGGGUUUUAUCAAGUUUGCUGGUCGAUCAUCAAGGACGACCUGGUGGCGGCGAUCUCGGUUUUUUUCCAAGGGGUGGGUCAACCACGGGGGUGGUCAAGCGCUCUUUUGGUUCUAAUUCCCAAGGUGGAGGGAGCCUGCCAAUGGCGGGACUUCCGACCAAUCAGCCUUUGUAAUGUAAACUCCAAAAUUAUCUCUAAGAUUUUGGCAACAAGACUCAACAAAGUGCUCCCGCAGAUUAUUGCACCAUGGCAAACAGGGUUCGUGCCAAGUCGAGGUAUCACUGAUAAUAUCUUGCUGGCUCAGGAGAUGGCACAAGAUCUAGAUAGGCGUCUGAAGGACCCGAACCUGAUUCUCAAGUUAGAUUUGGAAAAGGCAUACGAUAGGGUAGAAUGGCCUUUUCUGCUCUUCAUGCUCCGCCAGUUUGGAUUCCAGGAACAAGUGGUGGACUUGUGUUUUCGGACCUUCUCGAACUCAUGGUUCUCGGUGUUAAUCAAUGGACGGGGGAUUCAUGACUUGUUACUGGCACGGGAGAGUAGGUUUUACAUCUCCACUGGUUCACGCGUUCCCUACUUAGCAUUUGCAGAUGAUAUCAUGAUCUUUACACGGUGCUCGACCGACGCAUUGACCGCGAUUAAGGAUUUUUUGGCGUGGUACCAGGCGUUGUCAGGGCAAAAAGUCAAUGUCGAAAAGAGCUCGUUCUCCCCAGCAUCCGGGGCAUCGGCUGACCAGCUCCAGCUAGUACAGUCCAUUCUUGGGUUUCGCGAGCAAAGAUUACCGUUCCGGUACCUUGGGGUUCCGCUGGUAAAAGGUAGAAUUAGGUGUGUACAUUUUGAUGGGUUGCUCACCAAGCUGAGGCAACGGCUUUUCCAUUGGAGCUCCAAGAUGCUAACCAUGGGAGGCAAAAUAAUUCUUAUCCGGCAUGUGCUUAGCUCGAUCCCGAUGCACUUGAUCCAGGUGUUACAACCUCCCAAAGCGGUGUUUGUCGCGUUGGGAAGAAUCUGCAACGCCUUCCUCUGGGACCACUCCACAACGGAAAAGAGGGUGCACUGGGCAGCCUGGGAGAGAGUUUGCGCUCCAGAGGAGGAAGGGGGAUUGGGCUUCUGCUCUUUUGAGGAUAGGAUGAGGGCCUUUUCGUGCAAGCUAUGGUGGAAGCUACGGAGAAAGGAUUCUGCCUGGGCAGAGUUUAUGCACUGCAAAUAUGUGAAGGGGGUUCACCCAGCCAUUGCUAGGGUCGACCGGCCGCCGGCGUCGUGGCGGCGUUUGCUUGAAAUUCGCGAGUUUGCGGAGAAAAGGAUCCGCUGGUGUUUGGGUGAAGGCUUGGUUGAUUUUUGGCAGGAUCGUUGGUGCACGGAGGUACCACUGGCCCAACUCCUGGUGGGGUCGGAUUUGCCGUGUGUGCUCGUUGGUGAGCUCUAUUUCCAGAACGGUUGGGAUGUGGCAUGUCUUCGGCAAUGGCUGCCGGAGCCGCUGGUGUCGAUGAUUUUGGAGCUGCAAAUCUUCCCAGCGGAGAGGGAUCAAUUGGUUUGGAAGGGGUCACCCUCUGGAGAAUUUUCGGUAUCAACGGCUUGGGAGGAGCUCCGGCAUAAGAGGAAUGGGUCACUGUUGUGCAAGUUCAUUUGGAGUUCUGCUCUCCCAAAAAAACUCUCUUUCUUCGUCUGGCGUUUGGUAAAAAAUUGGGUUCCUUUGGAUGACCAACUGCAGCGAAAAGGUGUUCUUCUAGGGUCCAGGUGCUCUUGCUGUGAAAGGGCUCGGGAAACAGUGGGGCAUCUAUUUGGAUCGGGACCAGUGGCAUCAGUUGUCUGGGGGCAUUUUGGCAAACAAUUUGGUGUUAUGCAGAGGGGGUUCCACGCGGUUCCCUCGCUGCUAUUGUCAUGGUUCUUAUCUCACCAGUUGGUGACAGCGAAUCAUAUACGGGUGAUCGUUCCUGUGGCGUCCUUGUGGUUUAUCUGGCGAGCUAGGAAUCAUGCGCACUUCGAGGGAUCGAGAAUGAGCGCGGAGCGUAUUAUUGGGCAGGUGGGAAACCUCAUUGAGCAAUUGGGGGACGCGCAGAAAUUAGGGCGCGCAUUUCGGGGAGACGGGGAUUGUGUCUGGGCUAAAGGAAGGCAGGUGGUAGCAGGGCGGAGUCCGUCGCUGGUGGCAUGGGUCAAACCCCCUACGCAGUAUCUGAAACUGAACACGGAUGCCAGUGUCACUUCAGCGGGGGCUUUCGGAGGAGGCGUGGUCCGGUCCAGCGAAGGGAAGGUGAUCUUUGCCUUCUACAAGGAGUUUGGGGAGGUGAGUGUGGUACAUGCGGAGGCGCUUGCUCUACUCGCGGGUCUCCACUACUGCCAGGAAAGGCACUUCACAGGGGUAAGGGCAGAGAGCGAUUCGGAUACGCUCGUUCGAAUGAUCUCCUCGGGGGCUUUGGCAAACUGGCCACUAUGCAAUGUGCUGCGGAAGCUACGGUGUCUACUAGCAAACCUGGGGGCAACGGUUAGUCAUGUUUAUCGCGAGGCGAAUAUGGUUGCUGAUGCAAUGGCUUCGGCUCAAUUGGGACACGAAGUGGUGUACAACGGGGAAGAAGCGAUGCCACGUAGGAUUAAAGCUCUUCUGAGAUUAGAUAGGCUAGCAGUUCCUUAUGUUAGGCAUUAA